GUGGAUUUAGGCAGACCCCAGGAAUCAGGUAAUCUCGACCAAGACUCAGGAGCAAUGUCGCAACAAUUCCUCUACCGUGCUCUGGUGUCUGCAAAAUGGCUUUCAGAAGCCAUCAAGUCCCAGCAAGCUGGUCUGGCCUUGAGAAUCGUGGAUGCGUCCUGGUAUUUGCCGAAGAUGAAGCGUGACCCGAAGCGGGAAUUUGAGGAGCGCCAUAUCCCUGGUGCAGUUUUCUUCGACAUUGACCAGUGCAGCGACCGUACUUCACCUUAUGAUCACAUGCUGCCCAAGGCUGAUGACUUUGCUGAGUAUGUGGGGAAGCUGGGUGUGGGGAAUGAUUCCCAUGUUGUGGUGUAUGAUGGCAGCGACCAAGGCCUCUUCUCAGCGCCCCGGGUGUGGUGGAUGUUCCGGGCCUUCGGACAUGAAGCAGUCUCCCUUCUGGAUGGUGGCCUGAAGAACUGGCAGCGAGAGGGGAAUGUGCUGAGCUCUGGGAAAAGCCAGGUAGCUCCCUCAGAGUUCCACGCCUCCUUGGACAAGUCCCUGGUGAAAACGUACGAGGACGUCUUAGAUAACUUGGAUUCCCACCGCUUCCAACUAGUGGACGCGCGCGCUGCAGGACGAUUCCGGGGAGUAGAGCCAGAGCCCCGAGAUGUGGGAAUUGAGCCUGGUCAUGUCCCUGGGUCGAUGAACAUCCCCUUCACUGAUUUCCUCACAGAGUCUGGUUUAGAGAAGACCCCUGAGCAGAUCCGCAGUCUGUUCCAGGAGAAGAAGGUGGACCUCUUAAAGCCGGUGGUAGCCACAUGUGGUUCUGGGGUCACUGCCUGCCACGUGGCUCUGGGGGCAUACCUCUGUGGCAAACCAGAUGUUGCUGUGUACGAUGGGGCCUGGGUGGAAUGGUACAUGCGGGCACAGCCUGAAAAUGUUAUUUCUGAGGGAAAGGGGAAGACGGUGUAAUAAGCUGCUUCAUCUCCCACCUGUGCAGAUAAUUUGCCUUGAAACGGGAUUUGGAAAAGAUGGGUUUAGCAU